GCCACCUGAAAACAGGAAGUACUAAUGAGAUGAAUCAGUGCUACCUGAGAUAGGUAAAAUUCCAAAUUAAUUACCUGUCCGGGCAAGCCACACCUGAUCAAAAUGGGGUGCGAAAGAAUAGGCAAUGUGCCAUUUGCUUCGUUGAUUGCUACGAUGAUCACAUUCACCGGGGUUGGUGUGUUCUGUGGGACGCUGUAUCGAGCCUUGACACUGAUCAUCACUAACAUACUAGAAGAGCUCUUCCAGUUCAAUGUGCCAUGGUUGGAGGUGAUAAAGAUAGUAUUUGUGAUUGUGGCUGUCAUCAUGGGUGUGUUUGCCAUUAUUCUGCUAGCAUUUGGUUAUCUGUCCACUGGAGCUACAAGAAAAAAUGUGUACUCAGGAGCCAAAUGUAUAAUGGGAGGACGAGUGUCCGCUGCCUUCUUUCUGAUCAUGACUUACCUGAUGAACCUGGCAUGGUUAGGCAUUGUGGGAGCAUGUGUGGUACCAGUCGUAGGCUACAUAAUGAUCAACUCCUACUGCUAUGAGAAAGUCUACAAUAAGGCUGUUGGUACAGUCACUGUGGAAUGUUUCAGUCUCACCAGGUUUGGUAUCUACAGAAACUCCACAGCAGCUAUAGGGAUAGGAGUACCAGGCCGUGAACAGCUGUGUGCUCAUACUGACCUCAGGCUCAUGUGUGACAAAGUAGCCGAAGCUGGACCACUCUUCUGUGUAGCCUGUGCUGGAGCAGUCCUCAUAGUCCUAGGAAUGAUACAUUUCAUGAUAGCCAUAGGAGCCAACUACACACGGAUCAAGAUCUCCAAAGAAUUAACGGAGUACCGAGAUGCUGUAGAUAUGGAGGAACUGGACCUACACAAUAGUCGUGGCUAUCUAGACAAAGACAGUAGCUCACGGUGACAGUUAACCCCCGGUCCCUCUCGUUACUGAUGUACACACAUUAGCCAUCAUAUUUUACCAUCUCAUUGUAAAUUUACAUAUUCAUUUUUCAUAAAGUAGUUAGUUUGAGCAUCAUUUUAAUAGAAUCUAUUCUUGAAAUAUUUAAAUUUAUAUUGGACUCUAUAUUGUAGAUUUUUUUAACAAUUAAGACAAAAAUAUUUUUUGACUGAGUUACCUCCCUUCCAUGGUGUAUGGAGAGUGGUAAAUAUGAUCACAUAUCAAAACCAUGAUUUAUAAUUAACAAAUAUGGUCACAUAGUGACAGAUUAAACUGAUAAAAUUGCUUAAUUAAAUGGCUUACAGUAGUUGACAAGAGGCGUUGUGUAUCAGAAUAACGAGUUGGGCUGGGUCUAUAUAUAGUUAUUGUAUUAAUUAUGAUGAAGUUUAAGAGACAAAAAGGUGAGCUGGUUAGGUUACAAGAUCUUUAAUUAAACUUCAUGGUGUGGCAUUUAGCUAAUGACACAGAUAAUUGUUAAAUCUUCAUUUGUACACCCAGAUAUAAAAUGCAUUAAUUGGUUGUUUACCAGGUCGCAAUCAUCAUAUUUCUGGAAAAAAUCUGUGGACUGUUAGUUUUAUAUGCAACUAUGGUCUGUUUUAUCCACUGGUUCUAUGUGUAAAUAUUACAAGUCCAGAGAGAAAAUUUGGUGAUAGGAUUCAUUGGAAACAAUAUACAUAUAAGUUUUGUUCAUGAUGUCAUUAUUUUUAUACCUUUGGCCAUGGAAUGACUAGAUAAAACAUAAAAGCACCAAUUCUCCUGAAUAAUUUACAACACUUUCUUCUCUAUCUCUUUGUCGGUUAAUCUGUUACUGUUGACAGUUGAUUGUCCAUAGGUAGUAGCUAGUAGCCAGUUGUUCUUUAUAACCAUUGUUAAUUAAUAAACUAAAUUAAAAAAUUUGAAUAAUUUUCGGGAUGUGUAUUCAAGGUAGCUUUAUAUCUACCUGUCCAUUACCAGUUACAUGGAAUUAGAUACAGGUUUACUAUAUAGUAGUUAAAAGAUAUACUGCAGUCUUUUGAAAUCAGUAAAUAUAUGAGUGAUAUCAAAACGGGCACCAGAUAAUUGCACUAAUAAAUGUUAUUCUAUCCAACUAUGAAAUUGCCAGGAGUAUAACAUUUACCCUGUUUGUCUAUAAAUGUCAUACUUUGGUUAGACUUUGUUAUGUGGUAAUUCUCUGGGCCAGUAAUUGUUUUAGGAUGUUGGUUUGUUUUUAUCAUGGAACUGUUUAUGUUUGACCUUGUUGUGAUGGUUUGAAUUUAUAGGAAAACAUUUUUAAGGUUGCCAUUGGAUUUUCUCUGUGUGCAAUUUUUAAGUUAUCUCCCUUUAUUAGUUGACAUUAGAAUCAAAUUUUGCUCAUGAACUGGUAACAGUGUUGGAUGAAAAUUUUAAAUAGAAAAUUGUUAUAUAAUUGUAUCUAAAUAAAAUCCACUGUAGAAAAAUUAAAGGACAUCAUGACAUCAUAAUCUUAAAAGGUGUCAUUUUGUUUGAAAUAAAUAUGAAGGCAGCACAAUGUGGUUUUCUUUGCUGAAUUAAUCACCAAUGAUUAUUCAUUUUCAAUGUUAAUAUGAAAGAAGAAAGAAAUAGUAAUGUUCUAUGCCCAUUAAGAACUCUUUUUUUUAAUUGAGUUAAGAGAAUAUUGAUAUACUCUACACUUAGAUGCAGUUGUAUCGUUAAGUUUACCAAUACUUAUGGAGCAUAGAAAGGUUUUUAUGGUGAUAGAAAAAAUCUUGAAUUGUCGUUUACUAGGCUAUACAAUAUUAAUUUAACUGGAGGUUCUUUGACAGGUUAUCUGGUGAAGGAAGGCUCUUUUCACUUUUUACAUAAAUAUUCUCACAAGUGCUAGACACAUGCUUAUGAAAUCUGAUAUAACAAUUUGUUAUCUUUUGAACUGUUUAUAUAACUUGAUGACUGGCACACCAUAUUACUUAGAGUAUACAUGGAGUAUACAUGGAGCAUACAUGAUAAUUUGCAACGGACUUGAAUGUAGAUAAGAAAAAAUAAGCUAUUUAGAAAUGAAUAUUAAACAUGUGGACUCUUU